CCUCUUCAGAAAGGAAGAUCACAGGGCAACUGUGAGAAUCACACCGAGGGGAUGGGUACGGAGAGUCGCGGUACUAGUUUAGCCAUUUUUAAAUAGAAAUCUUCAUCGUAUUUCCUUAACUCGGUAGAUGCUGCUGUUGUUUGCAUUUAUUGACAGUGAUAAUUUAGGUUGAUAAAAGAUCCAGGGGCCCGGGCCUCAGUCCGCGAUCUUGAGUUAAACAGUCAUCCGACAUCAGAGCGAGUGAGUCGGUGUAUACAGCAGAGCCCUGCUGCACAUCAUGGGCGACAGUAGAGAUUCUCAUAGUCCAGACAGCUCAUCCGUUUCCUCGCCACCAUCAGGUCAGCGUUCGCCCCCGUUGGCCCCUUCAGCCGCCGCCAUGACUUCCCUUCCACCCAUCACUUCGGCUGUGAACAGUCCCAUCAGCAGCAUGGGCUCACCUUUCUCAGUCAUCAGCUCCUCUCUGGGUUCACCCUGCCUUCCUGGAACUCCCUCGGUAGGCUACGGCCCCAUCAGCAGCCCACAGAUUAACAUGUUUCGCAGAAACACAGAGAUCAACUCCACUGUGUCCAUGUCGGGUCUGCAUGCCGUCAGCAGCUCUGAUGAUGUCAAACCACCCUUCGGUUUGAAGCAGAUGUCCGCCCACAGCCCAGGACCCAUGCUCUCUCAGAAACGCUUGUGUGCCAUCUGUGGAGAUCGCUCUUCUGGCAAGCACUACGGCGUGUACAGCUGCGAGGGCUGCAAGGGCUUUUUCAAGCGCACUGUGAGGAAGGACCUGAGCUACACAUGCAGAGACAGUAAGGACUGUCUGGUGGACAAACGUCAGAGGAACCGCUGCCAGUACUGCCGCUACCAGAAGUGCCUGGCCAUGGGGAUGAAGAGAGAGGUGGUCCAAGAUGAACGACAACGAUCCGUUCAAGAGGAGCGUCAGAGGAACAAGGAGCGAGAGGGAGAAGUGGAGUCCACCAGCGCAGCGAAUGAAGAGAUGCCCGUGGAGAAGAUUCUGGAAGCAGAGAUGGCCGUGGAGCAGAAGACUGAGCUGCAUGCAGACGGCAGCUCAGGGGGAAGCUCUCCAAAUGACCCCGUCACAAAUAUCUGCCAGGCGGCUGACAAACAGCUGUUCACUUUGGUGGAGUGGGCAAAGCGGAUCCCUCACUUCAGUGAGCUGUCUCUGGAUGACCAGGUCAUCCUGCUGCGAGCUGGCUGGAAUGAGCUACUGAUCGCGUCUUUCUCUCAUCGCUCCAUCGCGGUGAAGGAUGGCAUUCUGCUUGCCACCGGCCUCCACGUGCACAGGAACAGUGCUCACAGCGCUGGGGUGGGAGCCAUCUUUGACAGGGAGAGUGCGCACAAUGCAGAGGUUGGGGCCAUAUUCGACAGGGUUCUGACGGAGCUUGUGAGCAAGAUGAGGGACAUGCAGAUGGAUAAAACAGAGCUGGGCUGCCUGAGAGCCAUCAUCCUUUUCAACCCAGAUGCGAAAGGAUUGUCAAGCCCAAGUGAAGUGGAGUUACUGAGGGAGAAGGUCUAUGCAUCGCUGGAGGCUUAUUGUAAACACAGAUAUCCUGACCAGCAGGGCAGAUUUGCCAAACUCCUCCUCCGACUGCCAGCGCUGCGCUCCAUUGGUUUAAAGUGCCUGGAGCACCUGUUCUUCUUCAAGCUAAUUGGAGACACCCCAAUCGACACCUUCUUAAUGGAAAUGCUUGAAGCGCCACAUCAGCUCACCUAACCUGGUCUCGAUGCAGUUCAAGCCGGUUUGCACCAGGGUAUCGCAGUCCCUCCGGACUUUACUGUGUCUCACUUCCCAUUAACACCUUGCCCCACAAUUCUCUUCUACGCGUUCUCCCUACCGCACCUUCAAACCAGUACAGCCAUGAAAAAAGACUCUAAGCUGUCUGAAAAAAAAAAAUGUGUUUUACCAUGUAAUGUUUUACACAGUAUGAGCUGUCCAGAGAGAUCUUAUUUUUCAAAUUCCCUGGAGGUUCUAAAUCAUAAGUUUCAGCUUCCAGUUUUAGAACUCUCGUAUUGAUUCUAGAGAUCUCUGUGUGUCGGUUUGGUUUGUAUGUUACUCUGAAUGCACGAACUGUACUUUUUUUUUUUUUUUCGUUAGUCACUGCAGCCCGUUGGCUGAAUUUACAGUGCAUGUGUGACCUUGGCGAGAGUCCGCCGAGCCCUUUGGCUGGUACGAAUCAAGUCACGGCAGAGCUGCCCGUUCGUUUUUGACUGUGGAAUACUGCUUACAUGCUAUCUUUGGGAUUUUUAUCUUGAAAUCCUACUUUGUACUGUACUCAUGAAAUGAGUCCAAUUUAUAAACGGCAUUGGAAAUUCUCGGCCUGCUGCAUCUGGCCCUUAUCAAGUGCAGGCUAGGGUUUUACAUUUGUGAAUAAAUGUAUGCAGGAUUUGUUGGACAUGAACUUUUGAUCAUGUUCCAAGGAGGGCCUAAAGGCACAGAUUAAAUCUUGCAGGAGAAUCCUGCUUUUUUUUUUUUUUUUUAGGGGCAAUAGGAGGGUGGACCUUGUUUUUUUUCUUAAUUCGUGUUGUGUUUCUUGGUUUUGGUACCUUCUAGAGGACCUUGUACCUUUGCCAUUUCUUAAUUCCCCCAAGUACCUUUGAUCCAUUUCAUUACCAAUUUGUCAAAUGGGAACCAAAUCUACACCAUGCCCCCCAAAAGACAAAUAAUUCAAAUUGUCUAUGUGUGCUGUGAAGUAUGUCCAACCACUCUUGUCCUUUCCAUGUGAACGGUGUUGCAGGCCUUUUUCUUUAGUGUUGAUGAAAUCAGCUCAUCAUCAUGCUCCUUUGGAAUUAACUGGUACUAACUUGGGCAUAGUAAAAAACAACCCUGAUUCUGGGCUGUUUAAAGGCUGGAAUGCACUACACGAUUUUUAUCCCAAUUGACAGUCUGGACGAGUUGAUGCUAGUUGGCCAAAGUUGGAGCCAGUCAGCAGAUUUUGGACAUUCAGGGAUUGAUUGAUUGAUUGAUUGAUUGAUUGAUUGAUUUCGCCGAAGAUCACAUUUUGGGUGCAGACUCCAAUUUUGUUGAGCUCCAGAGUAUGAUUCCAUCCACGCAUUGGAUAUUUUAAACCGAUUUAAGAAAUAAUUUUAUUUUCAUCUAGCAUGUCUAGUUACAAGUUUUUU